AAGCCAUAUAGCCUACAAAACCCUUCAUUUCCAAAACUAAUCCACACAUAUAAAUCAAAACCCAUUGUCUUCACUUGAUUUAUACAAAUCAAUCAAUCUUGCAAAACGACUAGAACCCAAAAAAAAAAAAUGUUUAAAUUUUUCUUGGUUUCCUUUCUUGGCUUGCUGAUAGCAGCUCAUGGAGUUGCAGAAAACAGGGUAUAUGAUGACAUUGCUAUGAUUGAAGAGCUCGAAAGCUUUGACAUUGAAGAAGGAAAUGACGUUGAGUUUUCUGAGAGCCCAUUGUGGACAAGUGAACAUGUCAGCAAAAUUCUUGUGAAUGUGGAUGCCUUUGGUGCAGCUGGGGAUGGGGUUGCAGAUGAUACCCAGGCCUUCCUAAGUGCAUGGGAUAAAGCCUGCUCAACACCCAAAUCAGUUUUAUUGGUUCCUCAAGGAAGGUCUUAUCUGGUUAAUGCAACAAGAUUUAAAGGGCCAUGUGCUGAUAAGUUACUUAUUCAGAUUGAUGGAACAAUUGUAGCACCAGACGAGCCCAAGAACUGGGAUCCAAAGAACCCACGAAAUUGGCUUGAUUUUUCCAAAUUGAAGGGUGUUCUUUUCCAAGGGGGUGGAAUUAUUGAUGGCUCAGGCAGCAAAUGGUGGGCAUCAUCUUGCAAAAGGAACAAGUCUAAUCCUUGCCGAGGCGCACCAACAGCAUUGACUAUAGAUUCUAGUUCAUCUGUAUGGGUGAAAGGCCUUACUAUCCAAAACAGUCAACAGAUGCAUUUUACCAUUUCCCGGUCUCAAUCUGUACGCAUAAUUGAUGUACAAGUCUCAGCUCCAGAAGACAGUCCCAACACUGAUGGAAUCCAUAUUACUGAUUCAACUAAUGUCCUCCUCCAAAACUGCAAAAUCGGAACAGGUGAUGAUUGCAUCUCAAUUGUCAGUGGCAGCUCUAAUAUUAAGAUGAAGACAAUAUAUUGUGGACCAGGGCAUGGAAUCAGCAUCGGAAGUCUUGGGAAGGACAAUUCAUCAGGAAUAGUUACCAAGGUGGUGCUGGAUUCAGCAUUCCUCAGAGGGACAACCAAUGGCCUCAGGAUUAAGACUUGGCAGGGAGGAUCUGGCUUUGUUCGUGCAGUGCGUUAUCAAAAUGUAAGGAUGGAAGAUGUUGCAAACCCCAUCCUUAUCGAUCAAUUCUACUGUGAUUCCCCAAAUGAAUGUAAAAAUCAGACAUCAGCUGUGCAAAUUAGCCAGAUCAUGUACCGCAACAUUAGUGGGACUACAAAAAGCGCCAAGGCCAUGAAAUUUGCAUGCAGUGACUCAUUCCCAUGCAACAACAUAGUGGUGAGCAAUAUCAACUUGGAGAAGAAGGAUGGCACAGUUGAGACCUACUGCAACUCUGCCACAGGCUUUGGAUAUGGGACAGUACACCCUGCAGCAGAUUGCUUGAGUUCCUCUGACAAGGAAUGCAUUAUCAAUAACACUGAAAAUGAAGAGCUUGCAGAAGCCAUCCCAGAGGACCUUGUCCACACUGAGCUCUGAGUCUUUGACUAGGCUCCUUAUAGUUAUAGUCAUCUAAAUACUGUGUAAUAGCAUUUUAAAUUGGGGAGAUGGACUCUAGGUUGUACCAUCAGAGGUUCAUUGGAGGAGGUUUGAGGUGCCCAGGUCAAAUUUUAAGGGAGGUUACAUAAGUCAUAUACACUAGAGAGAAGAUAGAAACAAAAUAUGUGUGAUGCAUUCAUAACUCUAAUGAGAAUGAUAAUUAUCUGAUCUUAUCCA